AAGCGCUGCUUUUCUCUUCCUGUGUUAUGGUGCGCUGCUAAACGGUAUUUACACAAACCUACUCCGAAAUAACCAGGGUUCAGCUUUAUUCUUCCAGGACACACUCAGUGAACCUUACACGUCACGAUGCCGGUGGCGGUGGGGCCGUACGGACAGACCCAGCCCUCGUGUUUCGACAGGGUGAAGAUGGGCUUUAUGAUGGGCUUUGCUGUGGGGAUGGCAGCUGGAGCCAUGUUUGGCACUUUCUCAUGUCUCAGGAUUGGGAUGCGAGGCCGGGAGUUGAUGGGAGGAGUGGGAAAGACCAUGAUGCAGAGCGGAGGCACUUUUGGGACAUUUAUGGCCAUUGGAAUGGGUAUCCGCUGCUGAGGACCAACUGGCCAAAAUGUACCCCCAAUUUACCCACUUUCAUUUACGGAAUCAUCACUAAUCUAUGGGACUGUUUCAGAUGCAACAACAUUAGGAAUGUGUUUGCUGUCUUUCUUUCUAGUUUUGUCAAUAAAUCCUCUGAAAUGUGA